CUCUACCAAAACCCAAAUGGAAUCCCUCCUCCCUUAUCCAUUCCCAAUUAAAGUGACUACCAACCACCACCACUCCCUCCUACUGAGUCAUCUCCCCACUACAACUCGACUCAACUCGCCCUCCCUUAAACCCAUCUUCCACCACCCCCUCCUCCGUCCUCCCAUCUUCCGCUUCAAAUCCCUCCCUCCUCUUCCCCCUCCUCGUCUCCGCAAUUCCAACACUCCCCGAUGCACCUCCGGUACAUGCGAUCACGAUCACGAUCAUGAUCACCACCACCACCAUAAUCACGACCACCACCACCACCAUCACCACGACUCUGCGGAGCUCACUGGAUCGCAGAAACAGUUCGUCCGCUUCGCCAAGGCCGUGCGAUGGACCGAUCUCGCCGACUUCCUCAGGGAACACUUGCAAUUGUGCUUCUGCUCCGCCGCUCUGCUUCUCGCCGCCGCCGCUUGCCCUUAUUUGAUGCCCAAGCUGGCCGCGAAGCCUAUGCAGAACGCCUUCAUACUCGUCGCUUUUCCUCUAGUGGGGGUCUCGGCGGCACUCGACGCCCUUACUGAUUUAAGUGGCGGGAAGGUGAACAUUCAUGUAUUGAUGGCUUUAGCAGCAUUUGCGUCUGUGUUUAUGGGGAAUGCAUUAGAAGGAGGGUUACUUUUGGCCAUGUUCAACCUUGCUCAUAUCGCUGAGGAGUAUUUCACAAGUCGGUCUAUGAUCGACGUCAAAGAGUUGAAGGAAAAUUAUCCGGAUUUCGCUCUUGUGCUGGAUAUCAAUGACGGACAACUUCCUAAUACAUCCGAGUUGGAGUACAAGCAGGUUCCUGUGCACGACUUACAAGUGGGGUCGUACAUUUUCGUCGGAGCUGGUGAGUCUGUGCCUGUAGAUUGUGAAGUUUUCCAAGGUACUGCCACCAUUACUAUCGAGCACUUGACUGGAGAGAUCAAACCGCUGGAGACAAAAGUUGGAGACAGGGUUCCUGGUGGUGCAAGGAACUUGGAUGGCAGGAUAAUAUUGAAGGCAACUAAAACUUGGAAAGAAUCAACCCUUAGUAGAAUUGUGCAAUUGACUGAAGAAGCACAAUUGAACAAACCAAAGCUUCAGAGGUGGUUGGAUCAAUUUGGAGAGCAAUACAGCAAGGUGGUGGUAGUUUUGUCAGCUGCCAUUGCUCUUCUUGGCCCAUUCCUAUUCAAGUGGCCAUUUAUUGGAACAUCAGCUUGCAGAGGAUCAGUUUAUAGAGCAUUGGGCCUCAUGGUGGCAGCUUCACCAUGUGCUUUGGCUGUAGCUCCAUUGGCAUAUGCUACUGCAAUUAGUUCCUGUGCGAAGAAGGGGAUAUUGCUGAAAGGUGGCCAUGUGCUAGAUGCUCUAGCUUCUUGUCACACUAUUGCAUUUGAUAAAACUGGAACCUUGACAACCGGGGGUUUGGCGUUCAAAGCAAUUGAACCAAUUUACGGGCAUCGGAUGAGAAAAAGUAUAUCAGAUUUUUCUUCCUGUUGUUUCCCCAGCUGUGAAAAGCAGGCUCUUGCUGUUGCCGCUGCAAUGGAGAAGGGUACCACUCACCCUAUUGGAAGAGCUGUGGUUGACCAUAGCGAAGGUAAAGACCUUCCUUCUGUUUCUAUUGAGAGUUUUGAGUAUUUUCCAGGCAGAGGUCUAAUUGCUACUCUCAAUGGCAUCGAGUUAGGAACUGAAGGGGGUCAACUGUUGAAAGCAUCUCUUGGUUCAGUAGAUUUCAUCACCUCACUUUGUAGAUCAAAAGAUGCAUCAGAAAAGAUCAAGGAGGCUGUUAGUGCAUCUUCGUAUGGAACAGAAUUUGUUCGUGCUGCUCUUUCCGUCAAUGAAAAGGUAACCUUGAUUCACCUUGAGGAUAGGCCUCGACCUGGGGUUUCGGAUGUCAUAGAAGAGUUACAAGAUCAAGCAAAGCUCCGUGUAAUGAUGUUGACUGGUGACCAUGAUUCAAGUGCUUGGAGAGUUGCAAAUUCUGUUGGUAUCAAUGAAGUUUAUUGCAGCCUGAAGCCUGAGGAUAAGCUCAGUCAUGUUAAGGAUGUCUCAAGGGAUACGGGUGGGGGUCUGAUAAUGGUCGGUGAGGGUAUAAAUGAUGCUCCAGCGCUAGCAGCAGCCACUGUAGGGAUUGUCCUUGCCCAACGUGCUAGUGCAACUGCCACAGCUGUUGCAGAUGUUCUGUUGCUGCGAGACAAUAUAUCUGCUGUACCAUUCUGUAUCGCCAAGUCUCGCCAAACAACUGCCUUGGUGAAGCAGAGUGUAGCCCUUGCGUUAUCCUGUAUAAUUUUGGCUUCUCUUCCAUCCGUAUUAGGAUUUCUUCCCCUCUGGUUAACGGUUCUAUUACACGAAGGUGGUACGCUUCUUGUUUGCCUCAAUUCCAUCCGCGCUCUAAACCACCCAACGUGGUCCUGGAGGCAGGAUUUAUUGCAUUUGGUGAACGAACUGAAAUCUAAACUCGUAUCACCGAGGACACUUAAAUCCAGCGGAAACACCAUCCAAGCUGCAGCUGAGUAACUUAAGACACCUUUUCCCCUUGUAACUCGUUGGUUAAACCGUCAAAAUCUUCUGUAAGUAUCAUUUGGUCAAGAGUCCGUUAUUUAACCUGUAAAAAAUCUGGAUUUUCAGUCCGAAGUUCGUUGAGCAUCACAAUUUCUUCUGUAAAACUUGCAACAAUGGAGUUCGUAUGUAUAAUUCAAACCCUAGGAAGCAAUAAAAUAGCCCUUUAAUUUACAGAAAAA